ACUCUCGAUAUUCUUUGACCUUUGUAUUCAUUUUAAUCAAAAAAAUUUUAAUUAGCAGGUACCAUAAAAUAGCCUGUAUAUUUCAAGUAAAAUAUGUGAUUUAAAUAAAUUAUUAACAUUUUAAUUUAACAAUGGCUGACGAUCGUGAAGUAUUAAAAGAAAUAUGGAAAGGCAAAGUUCCAGUGUGUUUUCAGUUAAACCCGGAAGAAGUGUGUGAUUUACAAGCACCUGAUCCAUUUUAUUUAAUGGUACCUAGAUUAAGUUAUUUUCCACUAUGCACUGACAAGGUUAGAAAACAUUAUAUCAAGCAUAUUCAAGAAGAUAAACACGAUAAUGAAAUGUGGCUAGAAUUUAAUGGUAUACCUUUAAAAUGGCACUUCCCAAUCGGAGUCUUACUCGAUAUUUAUUUCAAUGAUAUCGAAUUUCCUUGGAACAUUGUUGUACAUUUCGAUAAAUUCCCUGAAAAUGACAUUAUGCAUUGCCCUAAUAAAGAGGUGGUGGAAGCAUAUUUCCUAUCAUGUAUAAAAGAAGCAGAUGUUUUAAAGCAUCGAGGGACAGUGGUGUCGAGCAUGCAAAAAAAAGACCACAAUCAACUGUGGCUUGGCUUAUUAAAUGACAAAUUCGAUCAAUUUUGGGCAGUUAAUCGAAAGUUAAUGGAAACUACUAAUACUGAUGGAGGAUUCAAGUACAUUCCUUUUCGUUGUUAUACAAGUGAUGAAAAGUAUAUACAAAAGUUAAUCAAACCAGUCAAUGAAGAAGGAUUACGAAAAACAUUAAAAAAUUUAGUAGAGGAAGUUUUUCCAGAUCAAAGUGAUGUUAAAUUAAGAACUCAUGGUAUUAUUCUACCACUAGAAACUCCACUUCAAUGGCUUUCUGAACAUCUCAGUUAUCCAGAUAAUUUUUUACACUUUUCCCUUGUGUCAUAACUUUCAGAUUUUUAAUUAAUAUUUAAAUUUUAUAUUGACUUCGCAUUUUCAUUUAGCGUCUCUUAUGAAAUAGAAGCUAAUUUUAUUUUUAUACAAGAUCUUAUUUUUUAUUUAUAUUUAUUUAUACAUUAAAUAAUGCUAAAUUACGUACAAGAUUAUUUGUAAUUACAUUUGAAGUCUUUAAUUUUAUUGCCGAACUUUAAAGGAAGAUCUUUUAAUGAAUCAAUAACAAUAAAAAAUAGAUAUUAAAUUUAUAAUAAUGAAUGAAUAUUUAUGUAUAUAGUAUAUAUAAAUACACAAAUGAUUAUAAUUAAUAAUUAACAAGUGGAAGCUAUUGAAGAAUAAUUUUUAUAUUAUUUAUUUCAUUAUUUAUUAACUGAUAGUACAAUUUUUACUUGAUCUAUAAUAUAUUGUCAGUAGUUGUGAUUUUAAAUUUCUGUUACUUCUUUCAUUAACUUCGAAAGGUCGUCGAAGAAUUAUAGGUUGAUUACCAUUAUUACUAUAUACUAAUGUUUUCCGACUAUUCCCAAAGGUAAGAAAAUUCGUUAUAUUUUGAACGUUUCGGUGUUCCUAGAAAUUCAUUAUCAUUUAUGGUUUUUCCCAAGAAUAAAAAUUACGCUCUCUUUCUUAUGCAAAUAUUAUUACUUUAAAUAUCACUAAAGCUGUAUCUUGAUAUCUAAGAUAAAUUUGAUCGUUUGUUAGCUCACAAUUGUCCUCAGGAGAUACAUAAUUUCCAGUCAUUUAUUAUAAUUCUCAUGCUGUUGUUUAUUUGAAGCUGUAUUGCCUGCAAUAAUUAAAACACAUAUGAUUUUUAUAAAUAACAUGAGUUAAAUGGUUUGAUUAAAGAAUGAAUAAAAUUUC